AUGCAAGACCCUUCCCGACCCGCCACCGGCUACCCAGCUUACAACCACCCCAACGCCGCCCAAUACCCCUACGCCGCACCCCCUCCAUACUACCACCAACCCCCACCACCCCCUCGUCCCUACGCCUCCCGCUCCUUCUUCCGCGCCUUCUUCGCCACCAUGAUCUGCCUCGCCGUCAUCUUCGGCGUCAUCAUCGUCAUCACAUGGCUCGUCCUUCGCCCUUCCCUCCCUCACUUCACCUUAACAUCUCUCUCCCUCUCCAACUUCUCCGCCUCCAACCAAUCCCUCUCCGGCACCUUCCGCCUCUCUUUCAACGUCCGUAACGGUAAUAGAAAAAUGUCCGUUACUUAUAACGCUCUCCGUUCCUCCAUCUUUUACCACUCCAACUACAUCGCUGAAUCGGAGCUUGCGCCGUUUAAGCAGGACACGAAAUCUGAAACGGCGCUUAACGUUACUUUCGCCGCUGCUAAUGCUUACUUUGAACCCGGUGCUGUUAGAGAUCUUAACGGCGAUAGAACUCGCGGCUCGGUUCCGUUUGAUGUGCAGAUUUCCGCUUCUACUUCGUUUCGGUCUGGUUCGUGGAGGUUUAGGCCGAGGAUUCUUAAGAUUGUGUGCCGGAGAGUUGUGGUUGGGAUUUCGUCGAAUUCGACUUCUGGUGAAUUGGUUGGUUUGCCCGGUGAAUGUCAGGUGUGGACUUGA